AUGCCGUUCCCUACGUUUGUCCAGCUCAUGGUUGACUCCGAUAAGACGAGAGUCGUUUAUCCCAUAUCCAAGUUCGCGCUUGGCAGACGACCCAUUGCCCGCUGCGACCAACUGGAGAGCUGCUCUCCCAGAAAAAGGGCUCGACUAGACUACCUCACUGAGGAGCAAAAAAUUAUCAGAAGAAAAAUUCUAAACCGUGAGGCAGCACAAAAGGCAAGGGACAAAAAACGGGAUUUGAUGGAGACGAUGGAACAUGACCUGAUCGCACUUCAAAGAGAAAACGAACAACUGAAGGCAUCAAACCUAUUCCUCCGGCGUAAGUUCAUAGAGCAAGAACAAAAGUUCCUGGCGCUUAAACAGAAAAUGCGAGGAAUGGUCAGUGCGGUUGAGAAACGUAGGGGUUUCCAGAUCGAGCCGUUAGAGUCUGCAGAACUCCUCCCUCGGCAGAAGGGGGUGGCUCUCUGGAUUUUGAAACUCCUCAUCCUUUGCGCCACACUGGCACCUUGCAACUCCCGGAAUCUGAUCUUGCUGAACGUUUCGAACUUCCGCCCUCACCGCUUCUGUUCGAUGGACAGGUUGUUGAGGUAUCUACCGAAGAAGUGGCGAACGAAGCCGAAGCACCUGUUGAACCUCGACCCACCUGUGAUCUAG